UGCCCAAUUUAGCCUGCCGCUGUCAGUCCUGUGGAAUGUGAGAUGCACAUUAUGCAGACCCCCAAGAAAAGGUCCAGUCUGCGGUCACCAGAAGCGCUGCGCUCUGUUUCAACAAAGCAGACAUUUUCCUUCGCCCUGCAGACUUUAACGCCUUAAAACACUCGCCGAGCUCUGCUCCUCUGACUGAACCUGCAUCAGGAUGUCUGCUUCACCUGAUCCAAGCUCCUUCUUCACCAUCCUGCCCACGUUAAGCUCGUCCGCUCCAGGGGUUCCAGCUGUGGAGGCCAAUGCCACGUCCUGCCAGGAGUGGGAAAAGGCUCACCACAUGAUUUUCCAUUUUGGGAACUUAUCCCUGCUCCUGGGUUUGGUCAUUCCAACAACUCUGGGGCUGCACAUGAUCCUGCUGCGCCUCCUCCUGAUGACAGGAUGCAGUCUCUUCAUUGCUUGGGCCACUUUGUAUCGUUGCAAUCUUGAUGUGAUGGUUUGGAACGUGGUUUUCCUGGUGGUCAACUUCAUGCAUAUAUUCUUUCUUCUGUACAAGCGCAGGCCGGUUAAGAUUGACAGGGAGCUGCGGUCUGUCUACAAGCGGAUGUUUGAGCCUCUCCAUGUUCAGGAGGCUUUGUUCCAGAGACUAACAGGACAGUUCUGCACCAUCCAGACUCUGAAGAAAGGCCAAGCCUACGCUGCUGAGGACAAGACCUCUGUGGAUGAACGCCUCAGCAUUCUGCUAAAAGGAAAGAUGAAGGUGUCAUAUCGAGGUCAUUUCCUCCACAACAUCUACACCAACUCAUUCGUCGAUUCUCCAGAGUUCAGAUCUACAGAGAUGCACAGAGGAGAGAAGUUCCAGGUGACAAUAGUGGCAGAAGAGAACUGCAAGUUUCUGUGUUGGUCUCGAGAACGACUCACCUACUUCCUGGAAUCAGACACUUUCCUAAAUGAGGUGUUCAAGUACCUUAUCGGCAAAGACAUUACCAACAAACUGUACUCUCUGAAUGAUCCUACCCUCAGCGAUAAGGCAGUGAAAAAGAUUGAUCGUCAGCCCAGCAUGUGCUCCCAGCUUUCUAUGAUGCAGAUGAGGAACAGCAUGGCAAGUACCAGUGACACAGAUGAUGUGCUUAACCAGAUCCUACGAGGAGGAUCGGCUGGAUCAUCGCUCCAAAAGUCACCGGAAACCAAGUCUUCGACUAAGAUGAAGCCUAUAGAGGAAAGCAUGGAGGACGAUGUUUUUGAAGACUCUUCCUCCUCUCUGCAGCAGGAAAAAGCUUAUCACAAAGAUGUGUAGCAGGCAGGUGAAGAACAACCAGGAUCACCAGCUUUUCUACAGCCUCCUUUAGAGCCUGACUGCUUUUCUCAUAUUCUGCCAUUGUCAAUAAAUAAAAUGUCCCUUAAUAGUAUGAAAAUUAGAUUUUAUUCAUAGACAGCAUUAACAUCUUCAGAGUUUGUUAAUCGGAGUGCAUGACUUGAUUUUCUUUCUACUUGUGUAGUUUUUACUGUUUAGAUCUUCCUUUUUUUGUUUAAAAACCAAAACAAAAGAUCUUCAUGGUUUGAUGGGAUGCAUAUAAAUAUUAUUCUACUGCCAAAACUUAAGGUAUUUGUAUUUAGGAUUUCCUAAACUUCUUUGUAAGCUUUGUUUUCAUAAUUUGCAGAUUUCUUGUAUUCUGCAGAGAUUUGUCUUUUUAAGCCUUUGCACCAUUUUAAUGCUCUGUUGGAAUUUAUAUUAGUGCAAAAUGAAAAUUGGGUCAUUUAUUUGUCAUCCACUUGAUUUUUUAUUUUCUUUUAAGUCACAGUAAAAUAUGUUAUUUUC